CGAGCCGAGCACGCGUCGCUGAGUCACCUUCCCGGAACCCGCUGGGGACCGGCCGGGGGGUGCCGCGCGGGGCGGAGGCGCGCAGCCCCGGCCCCGCGCGCGCGCCCCUGCCCCCCACCCCAAGAGUUGGGAAACGGGGCCGGGCUCCUGGGGCCUCCGGAGGAGAAGAGACCGCGGAGGCGUGCCGCGCGCGGGGCGCCGCCCGGACCUGCCUGCCCCUUCCCGUCCACCCGGCCGCCGCAGGGCAUGACGCCGAAGCCCCCACAGCCCCGGCGCCGGGCGCGGAGGGCGAGUCCCGCUGCCGCCGCCGCCGCGACACGCGCCUGGGCAGCCGCGAUAAGGAGCUGAAGGCAGGAGCCGACGCCGCGGGCGGCGCCCCGACAGCGCGGGGGACCCCCGGGCCGCCAGAGCCGCGGGUCCAGGCUAUGGAUCCAGCCGGCGGCCCCCGGGCUCGGCUCCCGCGGCCCUGCCGCGUGCUGGUGCUGCUGAACCCGCGCGGGGGCAAGGGCAAGGCCCUGCAGCUCUUCCGGAGCCACGUGCAGCCGCUGCUGGUCCAGGCCGACGUCGCCUUCACGCUGGUGCUCACUGAGCGGCGGAACCACGCCCGGGAGCUGGCGCGGGCCGCGGAACUGGGCCACUGGGACGCCCUGGUGGUCAUGUCCGGAGACGGGCUGAUGCACGAGGUAGUCAACGGGCUCAUGGACCGGCCCGACUGGGAGACGGCCAUCCAGACGCCGCUGUGCAGCCUCCCCGCGGGCUCCGGCAACGCCUUGGCCGCUUCUCUGAACCACUACGCUGGCUACGAGCAGGUGACCAACGAGGCCCUCCUGACCAACUGCACGUCGCUGCUGUGUGGCCGGCGGCUGGCGCCCAUGAGCCUGCUGUCCCUGCAGCUGGCCUCGGGCACGCGCGUGUUCUCCGUGCUCAGCCUGUCCUGGGGCUUCAUCGCCGAUGUGGACCUCGAGAGCGAGAAGUACCGGCGUCUGGGCGAGAUGCGCUUCACGCUGGGCACCUUCCUGCGCUUGGCGGUCCUGCGCACCUACCAGGGCCGCCUGUCCUACCUCCCAGCUGAGCGGGCGGCACCCUGGAGUCCCUCGGCCCCAGCCCUGGGCAGCCAGGCCCCGCCGGGCCCCAGCGAUGCCCACCUGGUGCCCCUGGGAGAGCCGGUGCCCGAGCACUGGACAGUGGUGCCUGAGCAGGACUUCGUGCUGGUGCUGGCGCUACUGCACUCACACCUGGGCAGCGAGAUGUACGCGGCGCCCAUGGGUCGCUGCGCCGCUGACGCCCUGCACCUUUUCUACGUGCGGGCGGGUGUGUCCCGCGCCACGCUGCUGCGCCUCUUCCUGGCCAUGGAGAAGGGCCGGCACAUGGAGGCCAACUGCCCUUACCUGGUGUACGUGCCCGCGCGGGCCUUCCGCCUGGAGCCCAAGGACGGGAAGGGGGUGUUUGCUGUGGACGGCGAGCUGAUGGUCACCGAGGCUGUGCAGGGCCAGGUGCACCCAGAUUACUACUGGAUGGUCGGCGGCCACGUGGAGCCCCCGGCCGGCGGUGACCCACAUCACUCCAGGGCCCCAGAGAAGCCCCUGUAACUGGGCCGUGGGGUCUGCUUGGAGUUG